AUGGACACCUACGAACAAAAUGUUAUGCAAACGCUAAACGCGGUACCUCAAGGUGGUAGCACUGAUAUGAUGAAGAAAGUGGAGAGAGCGUUGAGGCUCAUCAAGACGGUGGAGGAAGCUGAGCGAUGGAUGAUACUUAAUAAGCAGAACAUCCGCUUAUUCAAAAAGAUGUUGAUGUUAAAGAAAGAAAAUCCUCUGCGUCUUGAAGCUAAUAUUGGACUUUGUAAAUCAUACCAGCGGCAACUUCACCGACUGCGAUUAGAUUUAGUUAAACAAGGUGGUGGAGUCACCAAAAAACAAAAUCGACAUCUAAUCUGGGAGACAAUUGAAACCCACCACCAGGGCAGGGUGAAGACUGGUAUGAUUACAAAUUUGGAUUAUAAAGAUCCAAAUAUAUUUUUCAACCGGGCAUUUCCAAUGUUUAGAAGACACGUUCGGCGUGAGCUAGUGAAUCAUCCCCUCAAGGUGUAUAUUAUGUUCACGGGUAAUUUCAUUAAGCCCACCACCAAAGAGGAGGAUUUGAAAACUUUUAUAACCUAUCGAUUAACGUCAAAGUUGGCUCGAUCGGGUGUAACAAAAUACAAGAAUAAAAUUUAUUUAUGCGAUCGAUGUCUCAACUAUUUUGCUACAGAAGUCAAACUCCAACAGCAUUCAGUAAAUUGUGGUGAAAAAGAAGCGGUGCGGGUACGAAUGCCUGAAACUGAUGACGAGCGGUUCGUUGAGUUCAAAGAUUUCAACAGCAAGGAACGUGUUGAGUAUAUGGUGUACGCUGACUUUGAGGCACUAUUGGUACCACAACAUCAUGAAGACAUGGAAAUGGAUCAUGGGUCUUAUACAAAAAAUAUUCAAAAACAUGUACCCUACAGUGUAGGUUACUAUGUUCAUUGUACCCAUGAUCCCAACCAAUCGUUUUAUAAGGCAUACCGUGGUGCUGAUUGUGUCAAGUGGUUUGUUCAUGAACUGGAACAAGUAGCGUACUCAUUAGAGCAAAAAAUAAAACACGUUAAACCAAUGUAUCCGCUCACCGUCGAACAAGAACUGGAUUUUAUGUCAGCAGAGAAGUGUCACAUUUGUGGUAAAGAUUUCGUAUCCAAUUCCAUACGUGUUCGCGACCAUUCACAUCGCACAGGUAUCUACCGUGGAGCAGCACACCAAUUUUGUAAUCUGCAUUAUCAAGAUUCAAGGGUGGUACCUGUUGUGAUGCACAACUUAAGUGGAUACGAUUCGCAUUUUAUUAUUGAAGCUCUGCUGACGGAAAUCGACGGUCAAGUUGAUGUGUUGCCCAUCAACAAAGAAAAGUACAUCAGUUUCACAAAGCACGUCUCGGACAUUCAAUUAAGAUUCAUUGAUUCCUUCCGAUUUCUCGCAGACAAGUUGGAAAAUCUGGCCUCAUAUUUAGAUAAUGAUAAAAAAUCCAUUUUACAUAAAGAGGUCAGUAAUGAUGAACAAUUUCAAUUGCUAACGAGAAAAGGUGUAUUUCCAUAUGAAUACAUGAGUAGCUGGGGACGUCUCCAAGAGACAAAAUUACCACCAAAGGAGGCGUUCUACAGUGUGUUAACAGAUGAACACAUAACGGAUGAGGAUUAUAACCAUGCGAUACAGGUAUGGAACACAUUCAAUUUACAUACACUAGGUGAUUAUUCAGACCUGUAUAUGAAAACUGAUGUGUUACUACUUGCGGAUAUUUUUGAAAAUUUCCGUAACGCUUGUAUUCAUAGCUAUAGUCUCGAUCCUAGUCACUAUUACACACUUCCUGGCUACACGUGGAGCGCCAUGUUGAAAUACACCAAUAUCAAAUUGGAAUUGUUCACGGAUAUUGAUGACUUGUUGUUUAUCGAGAAAGGAAUCAGAGGCGGUGUAAGUCAAUGUUCUAAUCGCUAUGCUAAGGCAAACAAUAAGUACAUGGAAGAGGGGUAUGAUAAAACUCAAGAAGAUGUCUACCUUAUGUAUUACGAUGUGGUGAACCUAUAUGGUGCAGCAAUGUGUGGAUACCUACCAACAGGAAAUUUUAAGUGGGUCGACACACCAAACAUCGAGGAUGUUGCAGAUGAUUCACCAGUCGGGUACAUUUUAGAAGUAGACCUUGAAAUACCCCAACAUCUACAUGAUAACUUUAGCGAUUUACCGCCAUGUCCGGAGACAACGAAACCACCUGGAUCAAAACAAAAAUAUCUUCUCAUAACAUCACCAUUAUUUUCAUCGGACAUUAAACCCUUGACUUUCUUAUUACGUAGUGGCAUACCAUAG